AUGACAACUACGACACGCCAGCAUUCAUCGGGCUCGCUCGACCAGUUUGGACCGGUGAUGGUGACACCCGUCAUUGGCAACGAAUUUACCAAGAAUACUUGUAACAUUGUGAAUGACAUUCUACGAGGCCCAGAAUCUGACCGGUACAUCCGAGAUCUUGCAAUUAUGAUUGCCGAGAGAGGCGUAGUAUUCUUCCGAGCCCAAGACAACCUAACGAAUGACCUCCAGAAAGAACUUAUCCUUCGUAUGGGCGAGCUAACAGGCCGCCCGUCAAAAAAUACCUUGCACAUCCACCCAGUCACAAACGAUGCACGCGAAUUCGGUGACUCGGACCCAUCAAUCAGUACUAUCAGCUCUGAGGGUCGCAAGAAACUAUACAAAGAAUCCGGCUACGCGAAGCACGCAGCCGUUUGGCACAGCGACAUCUCCUUCGAGCCAGCUCCGGCGGAUUUCUCUUCUCUGCGACUGACACAGCUGCCCCAAACAGGCGGUGAUACAUUGUGGGCUUCGGGAUACGAGAUCUACGAUCGAAUCAGCAAGCCGUACCGGACGUUUCUGGAAUCCCUCAGCGCUGUCCACGACGGCGAGACUUUCAGACAGAUGGCCCAGUCGGGCAAGUUCCAACUUUAUGAGAAGCAGAGAGGAUCGCCUGCCAAUGUGGGCGGUGAUUUGUUUGCUGAGCAUCCUGUCGUGCGGACAAACCCAAUUACAGGGUGGAAAUCGAUUUUUGCUGCAGCUGGCUUCCCAUCUCGAAUCAAUGGAUUGACUCGCAAAGAAAGUGCGAACAUACUGCAGUUCCUCAAUGAUAUGAUUACGCAUGGCCACGAUCUUCAAGUUCGCUUCAAGUGGAACCAGGCAAAUGAUAUCGCUAUUUGGGACAAUAGAAGUGUCUUCCACACCGCCACUGGUGAUCACGAGGGCUUUGGUCCUCGCAGUGGCAAUCGGGCUGUGGGUGUAGGGGAGGUGCCAUACUUUGACCCUGGAAGUAUAUCUCGACGCGAGGAUUUGGGUACUGAAGAUGACCUCGCAUCAUGCCAUCGGUGA